AUGGGGGAGUGGGCGUUCUUGGGCUCGUUGCUGGACGCCGUGCAGCUGCAGUCGCCGCUCGUGGGCCGCCUGUGGCUGGUGGUCAUGCUCAUCUUCCGCAUCCUGGUGCUGGCCACGGUGGGCGGCGCCGUGUUCGAGGACGAGCAGGAGGAGUUCGUGUGCAACACGCUGCAGCCGGGCUGCCGCCAGACCUGCUACGACCGCGCCUUCCCGAUCUCCCACUACCGCUUCUGGCUCUUCCACAUCCUGCUGCUCUCGGCGCCCCCCGUGCUCUUCGUCAUCUACUCGGUGCACCGCGCCGGCAAGGAGGCGGGCGGCGCCGACGCCGGGCCCGGGCCGCCCCCGCGCCGCCGCUGCUACCUCGACAGCGAGGGCGGCAGCGGCCGCAGCAAGGAGUCCCUCGCCACGGUCCGCCAGGACCUGGCCAUCUAG